AUGCACUUCACAGCAGCUGCGCCCUCGGCGCUGCUAGCGACUUUGCUUGCCGCGCCGCAGCUCGCUUCCGCAUUUUACCUGCCAGGUGUCGCUCCGACUUCAUACAAUGUUGGCGAUGCUGUGCCCCUACACGUCAACAACAUCAAGCCGAUUGCCGGCCCUCAAGAUGCGCGCCUGCACUCUGUCGUCUCCUUUGAGUACUACCACCCUGGCUUCGGCUUCUGCCAGCCAGAGGGCGGGCCCGAGUACGUGUCGGAGAGCUUGGGCAGCAUCCUCUUUGGCGACAGGAUAAUGACGUCCCCCUUUCAGCUGUCAAUGAAGAAGGAGGAGACGUGCAAGGCGCUGUGCGAAGUUGAGUACACCGAAAACUCGAUCGAGUUUCUCAGCGAGCGCAUCGAUGAAGGCUACAGCCUCAAUUGGCUCGUCGAUGGCCUGCCCGCCGGCCAGGAGAUUGAGGACCGCCUCACGGGGACCUCCUUUUACAGCCCGGGCUUCUUCAUGGGAGGCUUUGACGAAGCGGGCAAUGUUGUAUUGAAUAACCACUACGACAUCUUUGUCGAGUACCACGAGGUCGGCGGCAACGCGAACCAGCUCCGCGUGGUUGGCGUGCGCGUGGAGCCCAGCUCGAAAAAGUACACUGGCGAGGCCGACUGCAAGACCGGACACCCCUAUCUGAUCCUGCCCGAAUCGGGCACGCAAAAGGUCAAGUACAGCUACAGCGUCUUUUGGGAAAAGUCGCCGACGGCCUGGGCCACGCGGUGGGACAAAUACCUGCACGUCUUUGACCCCAAGAUCCACUGGUUCUGGCUCAUUGACACGGCCAUCAUUGUCGUCAUCCUCGUCAUGACAGUCAUGUCCAUCCUCAUGCGCACGCUCAAGAAGGACAUUGCGCGCUACAACCGUCUGGACCAGAUCAACCUGGACGAUCUGAGCGGCACCUCUGUGCUGGAGGACGGUGUGCAGGAGGACUCUGGCUGGAAGCUCGUGCAUGGCGACGUCUUCCGCAACCCGUCGCAUCCUCUCCUGCUCUCGGUCCUGCUCGGAAACGGCGUCCAGAUCUUUGUCAUGACCGCCAGCACCAUUGUGUUUGCACUACUCGGCUUCCUGUCGCCCUCCAACCGAGGCUCGCUCGGCACCAUCAUGAUUCUGCUGUACACCAUUCUCGGCUCUGUUGGUGGCUAUGUGUCUGCGCGCGUGUACAAGGCCAUGGGCGGCGAGCAGUGGAAGCUGAACAUUGGCCUGACGCCUCUUCUCGUCCCUACCAUUGUCUUUGGCACGUUUUUCCUCCUGGACCUGUUCCUGUGGGCUAAGCAGUCGUCCGGUGCCGUGCCCUUUACGACAAUGCUGGUGCUCCUGGCCAUCUGGUUCAUCAUCUCUAUUCCCCUCUCUGUCGCCGGCUCCUGGCUCGGCUUCCGCAGCGCCAAGAUUGAGGCACCCGUCCGCACCAACCAGAUCCCGCGCCAGAUCCCCCCGACGACGACGUACCUCAAGCCCAUCCCCAGCAUGCUCAUUGUUGGCCUGCUGCCGUUUGGUGCCAUCUUUGUCGAGCUAUACUUUAUCAUGAACUCAAUCUGGUUCAGCCGCGUCUACUACAUGUUUGGCUUCCUGUUCCUCUGCUACUCUCUCAUGGUGGUGGUCUGCGCCACGGUGACGAUCCUCCUGACCUACUUCCUGCUCUGCUCUGAAAACUACCACUGGCAAUGGCGGUCCUUCCUUGCAGCCGGCAUGAGCGGUGGCUACAUCUUCCUCAACUGCCUGCUCUACCUCGUCACCAAGGUCAAGCUCGGCGGGUUCGCCGGCACUGUCUUGUAUGUCGGCUACAGCGCGCUUAUAUCGUUCCUCUUCUUCAUUCUGGCUGGUUCCAUCGGAUACUUUGCCAGCUGGUGGUUUGUCAUGAGAAUCUACAAGUCCAUCAAGAUUGAUUAA